AUGACCAUCCGUAGCUUAGACUCUAGCUUCUCCCCGGACACAUUGCACAAUGGCUUUCCGAACGACCAUGCGGAAUUACCUAGAUCUGACGAUUUCACAGACUAUGGCGAUGAUGAUAGGUUGGAACCCAUUGCCAUAGUGGGUUAUGCCUUUCUGUUUCCUGGCGACGCUACAGACUCCAAAGGACUCUGGAAAAUGAUGAUGGAGAAGAGAUGUGCCGUGUCAGAGUCGCCGGAAGAUAGGAUAAGCGUGUCCGGCUGGUGUCAUCCAGACCGUCGCCGACGAGGACAAUUUACCGCCCGUGGUGCACACUACCUAAAAGAAGAUGUAUCUCUAUUUGACGCACCUUUCUUUUCCCUCUCCGCGGACGAGGCGGCAGCGCUAGACCCACAACAACGACAUCUGUUAGAGGUCACAUACAGAGCUCUGGAGAAUGCGGGUAUACCAAUGGAGAAGGCCGUUGGAUCACGGACGUCCGUCCAUGUCGGCUGCUUUAACAAUGACCACGAGCUUAUGACCUGUAAAGAUGUGGAGUUGAGUGCAGAUUAUCACGCCGUCGGAAUCAAGAUGAGUAUGAAUGCAAACAGGCUCAGCUGGUUCUUCGACUUCCGUGGUACCAGCAUGAAUGUCGAUACCGCAUGUUCGAGUAGCCUGGUAGCUCUAGAUAUGGCAUGCCAGGGCCUACUAUGUGGAGACACAGACAUGGGUAUCGUGGCUGGCACAAAUCUGAUCUUGUCAGCUGACAUGAUGCAAGUCCUUUCUAAUGUAAACAUGCUCUCCCCGGACUCGCGGAGCUAUGCUUUCGAUCAUCGAGCCAACGGCUAUGGUCGUGGCGAAGGCACUGGCACCUUGGUGAUCAAGCGUCUUGCUGACGCAAUUCGGGAUGGCGACACAAUCCGCGCAGUCAUCCGCUCAGCUGGCUCCAACCAAGAUGGACUUACCUCCUCGGGAAUCAUGCAGCCAAACGGCACUGCCCAGGCCAAUCUGAUCCGCGCUACGUACCGGAAGGCUGGUUUGAGCAUGAAGCCCACCCGGUUCUUCGAGGCACAUGGCACGGGAACGCCGGUGGGGGAUCCAAUUGAGUGCAAUGCUCUAGGAGAGGUUUUCCACAGUGUCCGUUCCACGGAUGAUCCUCUGAUAGUAGGCGCGGUGAAAUCAAAUAUCGGUCACCUCGAAGGGGCCAGUGGAAUUGCCGCCGUGAUUAAGACAAUUCUCAUCUUGGAGAGUGGCAUGAUCCCACCGAAUACGAACUUCGAGAAGUUAAACCCGAAGAUCGACCUGGAGUUGCUGAAUCUCAAGCUCCCACUAGCACCGACGCCCUGGCCGACGCAUGGUCUGCGUCGCGCAUCCGUCAACUCAUUUGGUUUUGGAGGGUCCAACGCCCACGUUGUGUUGGAUGAUGCAUUCCACUACCUUCGGGAUCGUGGCCUUGUGGGCAACCAUGUAACAGCUGAGUUCCCCCCAACUUUGCUAGAACAAGAACGUGAACAGCGGCAAGGAUGCGUGGAGAGCCAAUUCUGCAACGAGAUCAGGCAGCCUACUAAUUUAGAAUCCCCUCUCAGCCUUUUGGUGCUGUCUUCAUCCAGUAGAGCAAGCAUUAAGGAUGUUGUCACUGCUUAUAGGUCCUAUUUUAAUGCCUUGGCAUUGCCCCCAAGCCGUAUUGGCUCAUACAUAGCGGACUUGGCACAUACGUUGAACACACGUAGAAGCGCUUUGCCCUACAAGUGCUUCUGGUUAGCAUCAAGCCUGGAAGAUCUUCGGCAUGUGGAAGAGAAGGCGUCUUCAACCUACCAGGCGCUCGAGAAGCCCGUACUGGGCUUCGUAUUCACGGGCCAGGGUGCACAGUGGGCGGGAAUGGGACGCGAACUGUUCAAGUAUCCCGCUUUUAGGAACAGCAUCUGUGAGUGCGAGAUUGCUUUGCGUAGUUUUGGGUGCAUGUGGUCCCUACAAGAUGAAAUCUUGAAUGAUGAUGGCACUUCCCGAAUCCAUGAGCCUGAGUUGGCCCAGCCAGCCAACACAGCAUUGCAGAUCGCACUGGUAGAUCUUCUUGACAGUGUUGGGAUUAGCCCUGCAGCUGUCAUUGGACAUUCUUCGGGGGAAAUUGCAGCAGCAUAUACCCUAGGCGCUCUCUCUAUUGUGGAGUCGAUGGAGAUCGCGUAUUUUAGAGGCGUAUGUGCAGCGGAGCUAGCACGAAAACGUGAGCCAGCUGGUGCAAUGGUCGCUGUUAAACUGUCAGAAAGGAAUUCCCGUAUCUAUAUUGAUGAGGUGUCCAGGAUUCACGGCUGUCAGCGAAUUAAUGUGGCUUGCAUUAACAGUCCGAAGAGCGUUACAAUCUCUGGAGACACAAGCCAUGUGGAAACACUCAUAGGCCUCCUUGACGACAAUAAAAUCUUUGCAAGGAAGCUGAAGGUUCCAGUUGCCUACCAUUCAUUCCAUAUGAAGCAUGUCUCACCCGCUUACCGAGAGCACAUGAAAGAUCUUAGACCUGACGAGAGUCGAUCCUGUCGUGGAGUUAUGGUCUCUUCUGUAACCGGACAAAUAGUGGAUUCUGCACAGUUACGCUCUUCGGAAUACUGGAUUAACAACCUCGUGUCCCCUGUCCAAUUCGCACAAUCUUUGCUGAAGAUCUGCACCGAAUCAGGUCGUAAGAUUCGAAAGAAACUGGACCUCAGUCAUAGGUCGCAAAUAGGUGUUAAUAUUUUGUUAGAGAUUGGGCCACAUGCCACUUUACAGGGCCCUAUUCGAGACCUGGCCGAGACCCUUUCGUGGGGACAAGAUAUUAACUACGUCCCAGCCAUUCGACGAGGAGAGAGCGCGGCCAAAACUUUCCUCGACGCGAUCGGCCAACUUCAUUGUCUGGGAUGCCCAGUGAACCUGGAAAGUGUCAACAAGCUUUCAGGUGUGGUUGGAAAGCGCCAACGGGUGCUCGUCGACCUCCCACAAUACCCAUUCAAUCACUCCACGUCCUACUGGCGCGAAAGCCGUAUAAGUAAGGAAAGCCGCAUUGCCAAGCAAGGGAGACUAGAUCUCCUUGGAAAGCCAGUAGUGGAUUGGAAUCCUUUGGAAGCUAGAUGGCGCCAUCAUAUACGCUGUUCAGAAUUGCCGUGGGUGGAAGACCAUGUAAUCAAUGGCGCUCUCAUCUAUCCGGCCGCUGGUAUGCUUGUUAUGGCUAUUGAAGCUGCAAAUCAGACUGCCGAUUCAGGUCGGAACGUUAUGGGAUUUCAGCUCAAAGAUGUUAAAUUCAAGCGUGCCUUGACCGUUCCCAAGACCGCAGAUGGUGUGGAGACCAAUCUGCUUCUCCGCACUUUGAAGGAUAGCAACAAUUCGAAUGUACCCUGGUUAGAGUUCAGACUUUGUUCAUUUGAGAGUAGCGAAUGGCAUGAAAAUUGUCAUGGCUUCAUCAAGGUGGACUAUUAUGUGACGAGCAACAAACUUCAAGGGGGAAGCCAUGAAUUGGAGGAUUGCCUUCAACAAGAUGACGCGAUUUCCCAAGCUUGUGUGACGAACUUCAAUCCCAAGCAAUUAUAUGAAUGUCUGAACUCGAGUGGUUUCGAAUUUGGGCCUGCCUUCCGAACAAUUAUUGGUGGCAAAUGUAACAGCUUACAUCAGGCUAGGUCAUUAAUCAAGGUCUUUCCGUGGACUGCAGAGCAGUACCCCCAGCCGCACGUUGUUCACCCUACCACCUUAGAUGGCAUCUUUCAUCUGACUGCCGCGGCUCUGUCUGAAGGAGGCCAAAUCAAACUUCCCACUGCCAUCCCCACGGGCAUUCGCAACCUCUGGGUUAGUAAGGAAGGCUUAAGCCAUCCUACUACUGAGGCAGUGCAUGCUUGUGCAUGGAAGACAGCGCUACACCGUCGUGGGCACGAGUUUUCCAUCUGCGCCCUGAAUGAAAAACGAGAUCGGAUACUUGCUCAGGUAGAUGGCAUUCAGUCAACCGUUGUCGCCGACCGCACCAGAGAGAUUGGGAACCAAAACGAAACGACGCCGACCAGCUACCAUGUUACACGAGUUCCAGACCUAGGUAUGCUUACCACAGAUCAACUCGCUAGGUAUUGUGAGCAAGCAAGACCCCGAGAUGUAGAACCGCUUCAUUUUUUUAGGGAUUUGAACUUUGUCCUAUACAAGUUCCUCGAUCAAGCUCUUAAAGAACUUGGCGACACUAAUGUGGAGGCCGUACCGGCACACAUCUCCCGGUAUACCCAAUGGGCGAGACUACAGCGGUCCAAAUACGAAAUGGGACGACUCCCACUCAGCCGACCAGAGUGGACAGAGCUUUUACAGGAUCCAGAGUACUUUGACACAGCUUGUAACCGUGUCGCUGCCGAGAAUAACCAGGGCGAAGUCCUCAUCCGUACUGGGCGCAAUCUGGUUCCUAUUUUGCGUGGUGAACAGGAUCCAUUGCAGUUCUUGUUCUCAGGCGACACGAUGGUCAAGUUUUAUCAAGAAGUCAACAAUCGACCACUCUGUUUUGAUACCUGGGGCUUUUACCUCCGAACUCUGGCACAAGGGAAUCCAACGAUGAGGAUACUUGAAAUCGGAGCCGGUACUGGUGGAACUACGAACCAUAUAUUGCAUGCUCUAACCCUCGGCAGCGGGGUCUCUGAGAACAGCCCCCUCUAUAUAACAUACGACUUCACUGAUAUCUCUGCAGCAUUUUUUGAAAAGGCAGCGGAGCGCUACAAAAAAUUCCCUCGCAUUAAUUUUAAGACCUUGAACAUAGAGGACAAUCCCUCCUUACAAGGCUUUGAGCUUGGUUCAUAUGAUUUAAUCGUGGCGGCCAAUGUUUUGCAUGCCACACCUAGUAUCCUCAAGACAAUGCAUAAUGUGCGCGCCCUCUUAAAGCCCGGUGGGAAAUUGAUGCUUUACGAGGUCACUCGACCGGAAAUUAUACGGUCUUCUUUCUUGACUGGGCUGAUGGAAGGCUGGUGGGCAGGAGAAGAGGAAGAUAGAGCCUGGAGUCCAGUGUUGACAAGUGAUCAGUGGGACGCAGUACUGAGAAAGACUGGCUUCUCGGGUGUGGACAUCGAGUUUCCCGACUUCCUUGAUCUGGAAUGUCAAGAAGCCUCCAUCUUGGUUACCACAGCAUCCAGAUCAGCAGUACCUCGUCCGGUGCCACAAACUAUCUACUUUGUUAUCGAUGCAAGCUCUGCUGUGCAGAGAAAGAUUUACGAGGAGGCCCGAAUUUUGCUUCAAGUCCAGGAUCCCCAGUUGACCGUUGCGAGUGGUGACCUGGACCUGUGUGCCGCAUUGCCAUCUCUCGCAAGUGUGAAUCUCGUCUUCGUCCAAGAAACAGAAACGCCACUACUGAGCGACAUGAGUCGUGACACAUUUACGAAGCUUCAGCAUCUGGUUAACUACUGCAACUCCAUUCUCUGGGUAACAGCAGGUGGCGGCCAAUCUCCCAAGAGACCCGAAUUUUCGAUCGUUGAUGGUUGGGCUCGGACUCUGCGCAGUGAAAGAUCUAAUCGGCGACUAUCUACACUUGCAUUAGAUAUUGAAGGCCAUGUCAGCAAAACCCAGGUGUCGUAUAUUGUACGCGUUCUUAUGGAUGGGGUUCUAGAUGUUGAACAGGAGACAUACGAGCCUGAAUUUGUCGAGAUUGACGGAAUCCUCCACGUGGUGCGGAUCCAGCCCAAUGCCUCCUUAAGUAAUGAUCUGCACAGGGCAUCGCUCCCUCAGCAAUCAGGCAACAAGCUUCUAGAGGAGGCUGGGCCUGUUAAACUCGUCUAUACGGCCCCCGGCUUGCACAACACACUGCAGUGGACCGACGAUGAGGAGAAUGGGCUGCCACUGCUUCUGGAUGAGGUAGAGAUGGAGGUGAAAGCCGUAGGCCUCAACUUCAGAGACUGCCAGAUUGCGUUAGGCAAAGACCCUGAGACAACUUUUGGUCAAGAGUGUGCAGGAGUGGUGGUACAUGCAGGCGAGGCCUCUGGAUUCCGGCCGGGCGAUCGAGUGGCGGCUUUCGGGCCAGGUAAAUUCAAGACCACAGCAAGAUGCAAAAGUGACUCCAUGUGCAAGAUACCAGACAGCAUGCCCUUUACAGAAGCGGCUAGCAUUCCAGCUCAGUUUGGAGCGGCUUGGCAAGCCAUCGUCGAGAUAGGCCGUCUUCGAACAGGUGAAAGCAUUCUCAUUCAUGCUGGAGCCGGUGGGUCUGGUCAAGCAGCUAUUCAGAUUUCACAGCAUAUCGGUGCUGAGGUUUACGCCACAACAAGUUCGCAGGAAAAGAAAGAGAUUCUGAUGAUGGAAUACAAUAUCCCCGCGGACCAUAUUUUCUACAGCCGAGAUCCUACUUUUGCUAAAGGCCUAAUGCGAAAGACAAACGGCCAUGGCGUGCACAUGGUCAUGAAUAAUUUGGGUGGGGAAAUUCUACUUGCGUCGAUAGAAUGUAUUGCACCGUACGGCCGGUUAGUGGAUACUCAUAUUAAGGAAACUUCAUCCAGUUUCAGCCUUCCCGUCGCACUGUCAGGUCGACAAGCCUCAUAUACACAUUUUGACAGUGCUCGCUGGGUGCGGGACAGACCACAUGCGGCAAAGAAGGCCAUCGAAACAGUGAUCCGCUUGUUCGAAGAUCAAAAGCUCCAUGUGCAGAAGCCACUGCAGGUCUGGAGCGUCAGCGACAUCGAAGAGUCUUUCCGUCAAAUGGAGGGUGGCACCACAGUCGGCAAGGCCGUGGUGGAAUUAACACCCCAGGCUCAAGUGCCUACCACGCUUAGCACGAAGGUCCCGUUCAGUCUCAAUCCAAACGCUACAUACGUUAUCGCUGGGGGCCUAGGAGGCCUUGGCCGCACGAUGGCCCGAUGGAUGGCUACGCGGGGCGCGAGACAUCUAGUCCUCCUUGGACGAUCCGGUGCAAAGGCCAAAGCCGCUUUCGAGCUGAUCGAAGAGCUCGAGGGGCAAGGUGUCGCGGUUAAAGCUCCUCCAUGCGAUGUCACUGACUCGAAGUCUGUUAGACGGGUCAUGUACGAGAUCACGCAGACAAUGCCCCCGAUCAAGGGUUGCGUGCAGGGGUCGAUGGUUCUCCGCGACCGGAUGUUCCACGAGAUGGCUUACGAGGAAUGGCGUGCCGCAACUGAGUGCAAGACUCUGGGCUCUACUAACCUCGAAGCGAAUCUUCCUAGGGAUCUUGAUUUCUUGGUUCUGCUUUCCUCCGUCAGUGCGAUUGUUGGACUGCCUAGCCAGUCUAACUACGCGGCAGGGAAUUCUUUCAUGGACGGCUUUGCGCGCUGUCGGGUUGCGAAAGGACAAAAAGCCAUUUCUGUUGAUCUAGGAGUUAUGGUCGAUGACGGCAUACUUGUUGAAACCGCCGGGUUGGCAGAAAAGGUGCUUGAGUAUGGCUCCCUGGACCCAGUGAGCCGCUCGCAAUUUUUCAGCAUCCUGGACUACUACUGUAACCCGGAGCAACCGCUAUUGAUCCCAGAUGAGGCGCAGAUGAUCUUCGGGAUUGCUAGCCGCGCUGACCGCUACUUGGGGAGCACGAUGGUUGAGAAGCCACUCUUCCGUCGACUAACUUUGGAGAAUGCCUCUAGCGACGUGUCGACAGAGGGCGGAGAAGAUCAACGAGAUUUCAAAAAGCUGUUCGUCGAGGCCAGCUCCCUGCAAGCAGCACGGGAAGUUGUAACCCGAGCACUGAUCAACAAACUCAAGUGGUCGUGGCGAGUUGUCCCUGAAGAUACAGAAGUGGAUGUGGAUGCGCCCCUGUACACGUACCGGGUCGACUCGCUCUUAGCCGUGGAGCUCUGCAAUUGGAUAGGCAGCCAGUUUGCGGCGGAUGUGACGGUGUUGGAGGUGAUGGGGGGUGCAACAUUGGCUAUGGUGGAUAUUAUGGUGGCGACGCGCAGUCAACUAAACCAUCCGGUGUGGGCGUGA